GCCACUUAUCCGACCUACAAAGCGAAAGAAAUGCUUGGUGGGAACUUGCAAACCUGAACAAAUUACAAACCAAUUUUCAAACUGCAUUAGAAUGUCAUUUAAAUGAAUUGAGGCUGGCUCAACUGGAUGAUUUACAAGAAACAGAGCUACUUUGCCUCUGUCACACAUUUAGAGAUGAAUAGCUUUGAAAAAUGCAAGGAGAUUGAAAGCGAUAUUAUGGAACUCGCCAAUGACCAGUCUUACGCUCAAUCCCUGAUACAGCCGCUGAAAACCAUUAGAGAUAGCGAAGCUACUGCUACAGAGUUUGAAAAUUUGCAUUCGACAGAUUCAAUUCGCAACGCGCAAAUAUAUUUAUCCCUAGCUAGGGCAUAUCUUCAAGUCUCCAUGAACAAGAAGGCGUUGAAGAAUCUCGACAAAGGGUUCUUGGCAAUAGAGCACGAUGUGGAUGCUGCUUCAAUGGCUUUGAAAUUGGAUAAUCUUGUUCUGAAAGGCGAUGUCACAUGGCAAAUAAAAGUUGGAGAUACCAAUGCGUUGGCCACUCCGUACUUGGAUGCACUGUCACUAGUAAAUAGUGCGAGUGAUCAUUUGUCAACUGGGCAUAUUCUCGAAGUGAAAACGGCUUGCAUGCAAAAGUUAACUCGAAUAUACGAUUACUUUCAUGUUACUCAAGAGAGUGACAAGUGGUCAUCGGAAUUAAAACUUUUGGAAUCGACAAGUCACAUAACUAAUCGCUUUGGUGAAAAGUAUCUCCCAUCUUCGGACGAAGAGUACGACGAGGCAGCACCAAUGCCUAGCCAAAAAGUAAAUUCUCAACUUUCACUGGCGCUGGGCGAAAGCGUAGCUGACAUGGAAAUCAAUAACCCUGAAAGUAGCUCCAUGGUCAUUGAAGUCCACGUUACUGAUAUAAACCAAGAUUGGAAGCUUCUCGUCCCAUGGACUGAUAAAAGCAGCACAGUUAAAUGGCUGAGCCAUGAGAUAGCGAAUAGAUACUGGAUAGCGUUCGCAAAAUUGCCACAUUUCAGCCAUUUAGAGGCAGGGGGUGCCGUUAUUCUUGCGAAUGAUUUACUAGCUCAUGUUCUUUCGGAUAGUAAACCGAUUGUAACGGCAACGAUAGAACGCUAUGAACCAAAAUCUCUGGAAGAAAUCUAUUUGAAUAUUUGUACCAGACACGAAUAUCCGCCAGACAAUGACAUAAAAUUGCAACUUGGUUCCUCGGAUAAUGACAAAAUUUUUCUGACGGGUCUAGGUAUAAUUCCUCAUUCCUUCAAGCCGCUGGCGCUAACGAUUGGACUGUCUGAAUCCUUGAGCAUACUGGAUCUCUCAGCAAAUUUAUUAGAUGACUCGGCCAUUUCAACUCUCUUUGCGACUGCUGUUAACGGCGGUCAUCCAAUUAUGCCAAAGCUCAAAGGCAUAAACCUUGCUUCAAACUUGAUAACUGCAACUGGAUUUACGCUGCUUGUGAACUCCUUAUCACAAUCGCUAGAAGCGUUAAACAUUUCUUUCAAUCCUUUGGGUGCAGGUGCAAUACUCAGUAUGUCAAAAGCAAUAACAAAGUUUCCAAAUCUGACGUCUAUCAGCCUUGACAAUUGUGACAUUGGCGAUAUCGCCGAUAAUGGAAUACUCUUUACACAACCUGACGAGCUCAACUUAUCAAAGAGGUGCUGUGGACUAUCUGUCAGUAUUGCCAACAAUCCCAUGGGCCGUCGUACAGAGAAAAAUUUGGAGGCAGUGCUUAUUUGUGUUCCGGACUUGCAGUCACUAGAUUGCUCGCGCAUAGCGUCGCUUGGUUUGGGCUCACUUUUAACCUGUUUGUCGUCGCUUAAAAGUCUUCAGCUUCUAGAUGUUAGCAAUACAACUUUAGGUGAUGUUGGCGUUAGCGGCAUCUGCAACCUGUUCAAACAAACAUCAUAUCUGAAAUCUAUCAACAUGAAUUACUGUGGUAUAAAUAGUGGACACAUGGAUCUCAUUUCGGCAGCCUUACAAGAAAACAAAAGCCUUGUGGAAAUGAAACUUUCUGGAAAUAAGAUCAUGGAUCAAGGAAUGAAAGCUCUAAUGACCUGCUCAAGGGCUGGUCAGCGUUUGGUUUUGGACGACAUUCAUUUGAAUGAUUGUGCUAUUACAGCAGACACCGUCGAUAUAUCUCGAUUCAUAAGAUGUUUUAAACAUGUUGACAUGUCCAAUAAUGUCAUUAUAGAUAGCAAUGCUGAUUUCGAGUACCUCCUGAGUGCUAUGUUGGAGGAAGCAACAUCCGAGAAAGUUACCAUUGAUACUAGGCUUAACGACACAGACUUGGACCGUGUUUCACAGACCAGACCAGAUUUAUGGAGUCGGUUUUCUGUCAAUAGACAUCCUAUAAGAAAGCUACAACUUACGAUAAUAAAGCGCAUGGAUACCUAAAUACCCGU